UUUUGUUUUUGUUUUUUUUCUGCUUUUCCUCCAAAACCCUAAAGCCAAAGCUAUUUCCUUUCAAAAACUUAAACCCUGUAAGCUAAGAAAUGAGAAUGGCCACCUCAGCAGCCGCAAGAUCCAUUUUCCGCUCCUGCGCCUCCCGCAGCUGCGGCUCGGCGGCGCGGCUCGCCUCCGAAGCCAAAGCCGCUCGCUCCCCGUUUCGUAUGGCAGGCAAGCGACCUUCCUCUUCUCCCGCGCUUAGGUCUCCCGUUGAAUUGAGCUUCUGUGUGGAGUCAAUGCUGCCCUACCACACAGCAACAGCAUCGGCUUUGAUGACUUCGAUGCUCUCCAUCACUCGCCGCAGUUAUGGUUGGCUUCCAGAAGCUUGCAAUGAUGAUGUGUGAUGAUUGUUCCAAGGAGUCAAGGAAGUUUUAUGUACUUAGUUCUUCAGUCUAAGGCAGUGACUGCUGGUAAUAUAAGAGUUUUGAAUGAGCUGCAGAAGAGAUAAGUUGCAUCUCCUGAGCUUUUAAACAUAGAUCAACUGGUAGACUUGGUUACUUUUGUCCAAGGAAUAAAGACAAUUUCCUUUUUCCUUUUCUGGUUCUCUCUUUUGUGAUGCUCAUUGUGUAGCUCAUAGACUUAAAAGUGGUAAUCUGCAUUGCUGAAUAUUUUAUUUUUUCCUUUUCCUUGAUGUUAAUGACUGGAGAGUCAUACUUAUAUUGUUUUCAAUCAGCUUGCAACAAUGAUGCAUGAUCAAUUUCCAGUGAGUUCAGUAGAAGUUUUGUUCAAGAUUCUAGCACUUGAAGAGAAUGAUGACUUGGAAGCCUUAACUGCAUGCUUACUGGACAAAUCUGUUCUGAAAUAAACCUUUUCAGUGUUUUAUUUUCUUCAGUUUGAUUACCUUGAGAACUUUAAAUGUAAAAAUUCUAUGACUACAUAGUCAAAGAUGAAUAUCAUCUACUCUGCAUGUUACUGUUCUGUUAUCCUAUUUGAAUCCUUUAUAGCUAUUUUGUCUCUCUUUUUAGCUUCAUUUUUUUCUUCUCUUUUUUGAAGAAAAAACAUUGCAUGUGUGGCAGCAAGGCAUUAUAUCUUCUAUAUGAAGUAAGAAAAGUAGCUUCUGCCUGGUAAAGCAUUAUGCUCUUCCAGUGCAGUUAGUCGAAGAGCUAUUGCUUGGCAAUCCUCUCCUAGGUCUCUUUUACCAAGCUUGCAGGCAAUUAGAGAAGAAUCCACUUUUGUGUUUUGAUUCUUGAGGAAUGCAGAUCCAUCCCCUCAAGACGUUGACCUCCAAAGUGCCAUAAACAGUGUUUCCGGCCCUGAGCUUACAUUUCAUUUGGUCACCUUUUGUAAUAGAGCAUCAAACAGCCAAUCCUCAUCACACAUCGUAUUGUUUUUCCCUCCUAAGUAGUUCCUCUGGAAUUUAUGGUUAGUGAGAGUAGUCAAUGAGAUCAUACUCAUCUGAGUUUAUUACUACCCGUGUGGCCUGCACUAUUUGCACACACUAGGGCAAAAGUUUGAACUGACCACAUGAUGUGCCAAACUAAUGUGUGUUCUUUUUCUUUUUUUUCGGUCUGAGAGAUUGUUGUAUUAAAACAUCCCAGAACGGGAAGCAAAUACAACACAGCUGGCAGAACCAGCAAGAACACUAAUGUGUGUUCUUUUGGCC